AUGCCAUUGAAUUGUGAGCUUGUACUUGACCUAUUUAAUAACGGGAAAUGCUCGGAUAUUGAUAUUGAUGAGGCCGACGAGGAUUUUUGUCCACAACCAGAUGCUACUGAAUAUGAUGCCCAUGAAAAGGAAUCUCCUCCCUCACCAGACUCAAAAAAGAGUUAUUCUAGUUUAGUUCGUAAAGAGCAUGAAGGUGAUGGUCCAUCAAAAACAAAUAAACAAAAGAAAAGUAGGAAAUUCAAAAAGAAACCUAAACAAAACACACAAUUAAAAGUGAAGUUUGGACAACGUCGACGCAUUUGGAAAAAAAGUGAUUAUAUUGAUAAGCCUCAUAAUUAUCCCGGCCAUCCUAAACCGGACAAAGUUCAAUCACCAGUCGAAUAUUUUGGUGCAUAUUAUGAUGAGGAUUUUUUCGAAAACAUGGCUCUCUGUACUAAUCUCUAUUACAUGAGACAUACCGGCAAAGUUUUAAAUACUAAUAAACAGGAAAUUAAACGGUUGUAUGGAAUUCAUCUGUUGAUGGGUAUUCAUUCUUAUCCUAGAUAUGCCAUUUACUGGCGCAGGAAUAUAAGCAUCAAUAUAAUAACUUCUGCAAUGACAAGAGACAGAUUUUCUCUUUUGUGA